GACUACAACAAGAGCACCAUGACAUUAGCUUGUGUUGUCUCUCAGUAUUGAAGGAUUUCGUUAGAUGCUCACUUCUUACAAUGAAUGCGAACACCUCGAGUUUCGCGAGCUUCCGGCCAAAGCCCAAGCCCGCUCAGGAACUAUCCAAGGAACCCCAACAACAUGGCAAAUCUGAUCAGACAUCGAAAGAAAAGGAUCGGCACAGAAGAACUUCGAAAUCACCAAGCCGACAGAUCCGGGAAAAAGACGCAUCUGCAAACAAGCCCUAUUUCAGCGAUCGGCGGGGAGAUGCGGACGUAUUACGAUAUGGUACCUUGAACCGUUAUGAAAUUCCACCUUACCGUCGCUAUGGCCAUGGAUUCGUCUUGGGUCUUUCAUUGCGGCAGAAGAUUGACCGAGAAUUAUCUACGGACAAGAAGAUAUAUGUAUCGCCUGCUACGCGCCGACGUCAACAGCGUCUGCUCACAGAAAAAUCUACAAAGCGGUCAGGUGAACGUACGCUGCGUCUAGUAAAGGCCGGCGGCAAUGCCUCAGAUCUCAACCGAGACUUUGUGCUCUUGUCUGCAACCAGCAAAAGGAAGCGCCCUGACAGUGAUGAUGAUGAUGAUGACGAUGACGACGACGACGACGACGACGAAGGAACACUACAAUUUGACUAUCGAGGAAUAGAAGAGCCAAAACCUGCCGAGCCAACUGACCCAGAUACGCAAUAUGAGUCUGAUGUUGAUGUUACAUUUGAUGCUGAAGUCGCCCGCACCAACUCGAGACUCGCGCGGCACACCAAAGAGCACCCUGAAGAUGUCUCAGGAUGGCUGGCGCUGGUUGCUCAUCAGGAGGCCAUGCUGAAGCUUGAGCGGCCAUCUGCUGAGUUGACAGUUUCUGACAAAACCCAUCUUGCUGAUAUACGCAUCGAUAUAUACGGGGAAGCCCUCAAGAAGAUCGGUAAAGACCCUGAGAGCCAGCUACAACUCUACAAAGGGCUAUUGAAAGAGGCUGAGAGAGCAUGGGAAGGCGCCAAGCUGGCUAGUAAAUGGAAGGACGUUCUCGCAAAACAUCCAGAAAGCGUCGAAUUGUGGAUGAUGUAUCUCGACUUUGUACAGUCGCGAUUCACAACUUUCAAGUAUGAGGAUUGCCGAGCUGUCUUCUUCAAGUGCAUCGAAACUCUUAGUGCAAGUACACAAAAAAUUCCACCUACGAGCAUGCUGCACAUAAUACUGCGCCUUACAUCCAUGACAUAUGAAGCCGGAUACCAAGAGCUUUCGGUAGCAAUCUGGCAAGCUUUGCUUGAAUUCCGUAUUCUACGGCCCGCAGAGAAUGCGACCAUUGAAGCAUUUGAGACGUUCUGGGAUGGUGAGGUAUCACGCAUUGGCGAGCCACAAGCAAAAGGGUGGAAGCAAUACAGUCCAGCAGACGAGGCUGCAUCGCUUGGGUUUGCUCCUUUACUGGAGAGGAACCAUUCGGACUCGUUCUUUGAAGAUUUCGAAAGACGCGAACCGGAAGCGACAAAACGACUCGUGAUACCAGGCCGCACGUCUGACGACAUAGCAGAGGAUGAUGCUUUCCAUACCAUUCUCUUCGAUGACAUAGCACCAUACCUAAAGCUUGUUCCAGAACAUGUACCGGUAGGAAUGCUUGUGGAGGCCUUUCUAUGCUUUUGCGGACUACCUCCGAUACCAAAGUCGGGCGCGCAUCAGCAAAGCUGGUGGUCCGAUCCAUUUCUGCAACACCACUGGCCAUCGUCUCCCCUCAGUGGACAGGAAUCUUCCAACUUUAUACAAACGCUCGAGCACUUCUCGAAUUGCCCGUCGAAAAGUUUUCAGAUGACAACUGAGCUUUUGUUCGACCAAAGUUUCUCUACCAGUAGCAUCGGACUAGAUACUGAUUUCAUCAGACGACUGCUCAAACUCGUAGCCUCGGAUCGAUCGAGUGAAGAUGUCUUUGGGGAGUAUCUUCUUGCGUUUGAACUUCGGCACUACCCUAAUGAAGCUUUCAAAACAGCAAAGCGACUGCUGAAGGCUCGGCCAUCAAGCUUGUGCCUAUACAAUGCUUAUGGAUUGGUUGAAUCUCGGCUUGGAAACUCGGACAAAGCAGACCAAGUAUUCCGCACAGUGCUUGCUAUGCAAGCAGCCAAAUCAGAGAAUUUAACUCCUCAAGUAUUGGAACUCCUCGACAGCUGGGUCUGGGAUGCUCUUCGUAGAGGAGAAAGAAACAUUGCACUAUGGCGACUUACUCUCGUAAACAGUCUUCGUACAAGACUCGCCGAGAUCAGCGAGCAAGCCCUACUCGCCCAAGACCACACAACCGCAAUCCUCAGUACCUCCCUCUCCACCCUCCUCAUCUACCUCACAAGCUCCUACGACGCCUCUCGCGCCCUAAACCUCCACUCCCACCUCUCAAUCUGGUUCAACUCCCACGGCGCCACGCACUCCCCCUCAGCCGAACUCCACGCACAAUUCAUAUCCCGCCUCCUCACCUUCCACACUGCCCACGCCCCCAUCGUCAAACCCGCCCUCACUCGCUCAACCCUCGAGCCCCUUCUCGCCCGCUUCCCAGACAACACCCUCCUGCUCUCCCUCUACGCCGCAAACGAAUCCCGCUUCUCAAUCGACGACCGCGUCCGCGGCGUAAUGCAGCAUACCGCGCUCCAGCGCACCGAAGAACGUAGCAUAGCUGGCUGGGCUUUUGCGAUUCACUAUGAGAUGCGAAGGGGGGAGGUUGCGGGCUCGACGGAGCAUUCCAUACGUGCGCUGUAUAAACGCGCAGUUGAAUCUAGCGGGAAGCAUUGUCCUGCGCUAUGGAAAGCGUAUAUCAAUUUCGAAGUCGCGCAGCUACGGCGUCUGCAGAAAUCGAGACAGAUAAGGAAUAAGAAACCACGGAGAGAUGGCAAAAAGAGCAAAGCAGAGACUCGAGUAGAAGAAGCGAAGCAGAGGGUUAAAGAUACGUUUUACGCGGGUUUACGCAAUUUGCCUUGGUGCAAGGAUGUUGCUAUGCUCGCUUUUGGGGAUGCAAAGGAUGUUUUUGAAGACGAAGAGAAGUGGAGGGUCUGCAGGGUUUUGGUGGAGAAGGAGAUGAGGGUUUUUGUUGAGGUGGAUGAUGAUGAGGCUUGGGGGGUUGCGAGGGAGCGGGGGUGGACGGUGUGAGGGUGAUGUAUGUAUGUAAUCCUGUCGCAUUUUGUCACAUUUUGAAAAGUCAUUUUCGAUCGUAUUGUACCAGCUUAAUACUAGCGAUAUCAUGCGAAAUAUGCGAAAAGGUGGUUAUAUGCAAAGUA